AUGCCCACUUCCUCCAAGUUUGGAGCCAUGGGAACUACAUCGUCCAAAAGGCGCCACGCCGGAAGACGGAGAUCCUUGGCCAAUGAAAAGAGGCCUGCCCGAGCGUGCGACGCGCAAUGGGCGGGAUUUCCGGUGUCUCCCUUUGGCUUUCACGUUCGCGGCUCUCAGGCUCGGAUGGCGGCGGCCGCGCUCAGCGACCCCGCUCAGCAGCCAAAGUCCUGUGGAAAGCGAUUUGCAAUGGAUUUUGUUGGGGACGCUGCCUCUCCUCCCUGUGCUACACCCCAUCCUUGCGUCUUUGACUACGUUUACUGCAUCAGCAUUUCUCUUCUUUCAGGUUGUUGGCAUGGAGCCGAGGCCGAGGAGGCCCCUGAGCAGAAUGCUUCUGUGAAAGUGCCCAGUUCAAACGUUCAGCAACACCAGAAGCAGCACUGUGGAGAGAAACCCUUAAAAAGACAACAGGGCAGAGUCCCAGUUUUGAGGAGUUGCAGAGUCCACCUAUCAGAGAAGUCCUUGCAAAGCAGGGAGGUUGGGAAGGACCCCUCGACCAGCUCAGUUACUCUCAAGCACCAGGUGACUCACACGGGAGAGAAGUCACAUAGGAGCUCCAAAAGUAGGGAGGCCUUUCAUGCUGGAAAAAGGCAUUACAAAUGCAGUGAGUGUGGGAAAGCCUUUGGGCAGAAAUAUUUACUUGUUCAGCACCAGAGACUACACACUGGGGAAAAGCCUUAUGAAUGCAGUGAAUGUGGGAAGUUAUUUAGCCAUAAGUCCAACCUUUUUAUACACCAAAUAGUUCACACUGGAGAAAGGCCUUAUGGGUGUAGUGACUGUGGAAAAUCCUUUAGCCGUAAUGCUGACCUCAUUCAACACCAGAGAGUUCACACUGGAGAAAAGCCUUUUACAUGCAGUGAAUGUGGAAAAGCUUUCAGGCAUAAUUCCACACUUGUUCAGCAUCACAGAAUCCACACUGGAGUAAGGCCUUAUGAGUGCAGUGAAUGUGGAAAAUUGUUUAGUUUCAACUCCAGCCUCAUGAAACAUCAGAGAGUUCACACUGGAGAAAGACCUUAUAAGUGCAGUGAAUGUGGAAAAUUCUAUAGCCACAAGUCCAGCCUUAUCAAUCAUUGGCGUGUUCACACUGGAGAAAGGCCUUAUGAGUGCAGCGAAUGUGGGAAGUUUUUUAGCCAAAGUUCAAGCCUCAUGCAACAUCGAAAAGUUCACACUGGAGAAAAGCCUUUUAAGUGCAAUGAAUGUGGGAGAUUCUUUAGUGAGAAUUCCAGCCUGGUUAAACAUCAGAGGGUUCACACUGGAGCAAAGCCUUAUGAGUGCAGGGAAUGUGGGAAAUUUUUUCGCCAUAGCUCCAGUCUUGUUAAACAUCGAAGGAUUCACACUGGGAAAUACAGAGAUUGUAGGAAAUCCUUUAGCCAGCAUUUCAACCUCCUGCAACACCAGAAAGUUCACAGGGGAAAAAAGUCGUGAAGGUAACAAAUGGAAAUCCAUUAGCUACACUUCCAAACUCAUUCAACACUGGACAGGCAGUUCACAGAGUGGACAAUGUAGUGAAUAUGGAGAAAGGCCUCAGCCAAAGGCCUAACCCUAUUCAACACCAGAAAGUUUAGACUGGAGAAAGGCCUUAGACUGUCACUGAUUCAAUAUGAUUCCCCUUGCCGGGCACGGUGACUCACACCUGUUAAUCCUACCACUUUGGGAGGCUGAAGCAGGUGGAUCACAAGGUCAGAACAUCGAGACCAUCCUGGUUAACACGAUGAAACCCUGUCUCUGCUAA